AUGCAGCCAUCCAGCCUCCGACGGAGCCGCUCGCGGUCCCGCCCCUUCUACGCCACCGUCCUCGUCCUCUCCCUACUGACGGCCUACUCGUUCCUCGCGCACUCGCCUCGCCCUGGCCGCGACGGCGGCGCUGCCUCGCUCUUCAAGCGCGACGAGGCCGAGUGCAACCAGGUUCACUCCGUCGAGGACCAGUGCGCCUUCGUUCGGCGCCACUGCAUGGACGCCGAUGCCGGCCUGCUCCCGUACCUAGAAUUCUACUACUGCACCCUCCAGCAUGCGCCGCCCGUCGCAUUCAUCCUGCUCGUCGCCUGGCUGGGCCUGCUCUUCACCACCAUCGGCAUCGCCGCCAGCGACUUUUUCAGCGUCAACCUCAGCACCAUCGCCGCCAUACUUGGCCUGAGCCAGAGCUUGGCUGGCGUCACCUUUCUGGCUUUUGGCAAUGGCUCACCCGAUGUAUUCAGUACCUUUGCCGCCAUGAGCUCCAACAGCCCUAGCAUGGCUGUUGGCGAGCUCAUUGGCGCCGCAAGCUUCAUCACCGGUGUUGUCGCUGGUUCCAUGGCCUUGGUGCGCGAGUUUAGGGUCGACAGGGCCACGUACACGCGCGACAUCUGCUUCUUUGUCGUCGCCGUCGGCUUCACCAUGGCUUUUCUGGCGGAUGGCCAGCUCCGCUUCUGGGAAUGCUGGGCCAUGAUUGGCUACUACAUCGUCUACGUCGUAACUGUCGUCGGCUGCCACUGGUAUGGCGUCAGGAAGAGACGACGGCUCCGACGAGAAGGAGAAGCCCGCAGCCAUUUCUAUGACGACGUCGACCGUGCCCCGGGACAACCGCCUCCCUCGAAUAACGUUGCCAAUGGCGAUGCCCUCUCGUCGUUCGAAGGGCUCGCUCGCUCCGACCCGGAGAGCCAGAUGCCCCAGGUCACAAUUGAAGGCGCUCAUGAUGAUUCGGACGGCGACCAUGAGAGAAUGAUUGCGGCCGAGGUCACGAGGAACAUGCGUAUCCUGCGGACUGGGGCGAAAAGGCACCACAACAUGACCCCGAUCCGCCCGAGUCUGGUCGGCGCCCUCGAAUUUCGAUCUGCUUUGGCACAGCUCCAACGGGAAAGCAAUCUCCAACUUUCCUCGAUUCCGGGUCGCACCUACUCGGAAAACUACUUCGGUGCAAGAGCCCGAAGAGGAACCGUGGCUGUUGGCCUGGAUGCCGGCCACGACGAGAACACCAACGCCAUGUCAACUGCCGAGACGCGCUUGACGCGAAGGGACAGGGCGCUGUCGUCCGGCGACAUGCCCCUUUCCCCGGCCGUCAUUCCGGAGCUCUUGAACGAGGGUCAGACCCGAAACAAGUCUGACUUGCUGGCCCCUGGGGGACCCGAAAGUGUCCGAAGAGCGCCAGCACUGACGCCAUCGCGCACGGUGGGAGAAUCCCUUGCUCCAUCCCCGGCCGACGACCUGACGUCAAGUGGAACUAGCCAUGGCUCGGCGGACGAUGGCUUGGGGAAAGGGUCGAUUCCCAAGCUGCAACUGCAGAUUCCAAGUCGACGCAGCAGCCAUAGCGGGGCAUCGUCUCCCCGCUCGCCCUUCCCCGGCUACACCGACUCGCCAAUGCUCAUGACGCCAAACGCGUACUCGCAGCAUGGGCAGUUUAUGCUUCCGUCGACUACCUCGGCCCGACGAGAAGAUAGUUUCCCCGACAUUCAGGUGCCGGUGCCGGUGUCGAGCCCGGUACGGUGGUGGCCGUACUCGGUGCUCCCGCCGCCUCACGUGCUCCUGGCGACGCUCUUUCCGACCUUGCAAGGCUGGAGAGACAAGUCUCACUGGGACCGGUUUCUCAGCACGAUAUCGGUGCCAAGCAUAUUCCUCCUGGUGAUCACGUUGCCUGUCGUGGACUCGGAGUCGAGUGAGGAUGCCACGUCUACUGACAGCACCGUCACUGAUGACGUGAGCCACGGAGGCACCACACCAGCCAUUGCCGUAAUGACGCCAGGGGCUGAGGGGGAGGACGAGUGGGAACGUCGGCGGAGCUAUACUUCAAGAAGCAGCGGCAACCACGCGCCCGCAGCUGACGGCCUGGCCAGCCUGGCGACUCGGGAGCACGGAGCAACGGCCGCGGCAUCGACGAAUCGUCCAACCAUCGAGACAAUGCUAAUUCCCGCCAAGGCGGCAUCGGACCUGCCAUCCGGGAGCAAUGCGAACAAUGAGUCGCCACCGUGGAACCGAUGGCUUGUCUGCUUGCAACUGUUCACCGGGCCGCUUUUUGCCACCUUUAUCCUAUGGGCCAACCUGCGCGAGGAUUGGGAGCGGCCCGGCAGGGAGCUGGUCCGGAUGGUGCUCUACUCGCUCGUGACGUCGCUCGUGCUGCUGGUGGUACUGCUCUUGACGACUACGGAGCACGUGAGGCCCAGGUUCUACUACCUUCUCUGCUUUCUGGGCUUCGUGAUUAGCAUUGCGUGGAUCUCAACGAUUGCGGGCGAAGUGGUUGGUGUGCUCAAGGCAUUCGGAGUCAUUCUGGGCAUUUCCGAGGCGUUAUUGGGGUUGACCAUUUUCGCAGCGGGCAACAGCGUCGGAGACUUGGUGGCAGACAUCACGGUGGCCCGGUUGGGGUAUCCCGUCAUGGCGCUGUCGGCAUGCUUUGGCGGGCCUAUGCUGAACAUUCUGCUGGGGAUCGGCAUUGGCGGCGUCAUGAUGAUGGCACAGCAGGCCAAGCGCGAGCACGCCAAACAUCCUGACGGGCCGAUACAGUACGGACCGUACCGCGUGCAGGUUGGAGGCACGCUGAUGAUAUCGAGCAUCACGCUCCUCAUCAUGCUCUUCCUCCUCCUCAUUCUCGUGCCGAUGAACAAGUGGAUCCUGAGCCGCAGGAUCGGCUGGGUUGUCAUUGGACUGUGGGCGUUGAGCACAGUGGUGAGCGUGGUAAUCGAGGUGACGGGGCUCUGGGGCGAGGCAGCCUAG